CCAAAAGUUUUGGACCCUCAGCCGGCCUCCCAAAGCAAGUGCAACAAGCGCUUGCAUAUUGUUGACUUGCGCUUUUCCAAUAUUGCGCUCGUGCAAUUCCAAUAUGAGCUCUCUCAAGAGGAAGGAUGCCCCGGGAGGCGCAUCUGCUGCCAAAGCAGCAAAAAUAACCAGCGGCUCAAGGCCAUCCAAGACUUCGAAACCCGAAAAGACCAAGAGUGAUCCCAAGGCGAGUCCCAAGCCCAAGAGCGCCGACAAGCCUGCCCCCGUGCCCAGCAUCUCGCGACUGAAGGAGGAGGAGCCUCUCUUUCCUCGUGGAGGCGGAAGUGUCUUGUCACCGCUCGAGCACAGGCAAAUCUCCAUCCAGGCAAAGCAGGACGUACUGUUCGAGCAGGCGUCAGGCAAGAACACCGAGAAAACACUGAAAAAGAUCAAGUCAAAGGGACAGUUGAAGGAUGGAAAGUCUGCAAAGUCGCAAACUGCCGACGACACGGUCAAGGUCGAGAGCUUGAACUACAAGCGCUUGGUCAAGGGUUCCAUUGUACUCGCCCAGGUCACCGAGAUCAAUGCUCUGGAUUUGACCCUAGCACUGCCAAAUAAUCUGACUGGACACGUUCCCAUCACCGCCAUCUCCGAGCUCCUCAAUGAGCGCAUUGCUGCCGAGGCAGCCGCCGACGACGACGAUGACGACGACGAGACUUCAGCAGACGAUGUUGACCUGAAGUCACUAUUCACUGUUGGUCAAUACGUCCGGGCAUACGUCAACUCCACAUCCGAAGAACCAGCAGAGCCUUCUGGAAAAGCCAAAAAACGAAUUGAGUUGUCCUUACGACCGGACCAAACCAACAGCGGCCUUUCCAGCAAAGAUGUUGUGGCCAACACUACUGUUAUGGCAACCGUCACCAGUGUAGAAGAUCACGGAUUCGUCAUGGAUCUUGGCCUCGAAGACUCCAAGCUCAAGGGAUUUCUGGCACGCAAGGAGCUUGAUCCCGCCAUCUCGGAAACCCGGAUGCAGCCAGGCUCUGUCCUCCUCUGCUUGGCCACAAGCUCGGGCUCCAACGGAAAGAUUGCCCAGCUUACCACUAUCCAGACCAAAUUGGGCAAGAUCCAAAAUUUCCCCUCGGAUGCGACAACUAUCAACUCAUUCCUCCCUGGCACAGCAGUUGAUCUUCUGGUUACGGACAUAUCAAACCGCGGUAUUGCCGGCAAGGUCAUGGGUUCCUUGGAUGUCACUGCUGACCAUAUCCAUUCUGGCUCCGGGCCUCUUGCGAUUGACCUCGAAGACAAGUACAAGGUUGGCAAGAAGGUCAGGGCACGAGUUAUAUGCAAUUUCCCGGCAGCAAGCGAGCCCAAACUGGGAGUUUCCCUUCUUGAGCACAUUGUGAACCUCAAGCCUAAGGAAACAACCGGAGGAAGCAAGAAGUCAUCAGUGGAGUCUCUUCCCAUCUCCAGCAUAGUCGAGAAGUGCACAGUCACCAAGGUCGAGCCCGAUAUUGGCGUUUUCGUUGAUAUCGGGAUCAGCGGCGCUGCUGGAUUCGUCCACAUCUCUCGACUCAAGGAUGGCAAAGUCGACAUGGUCUCUCAGUCAUCAGGUCCGUUCCAGGUUGGGUCGGAGCAUCGCGGACGAGUCGUUGGAUACAACUCAGUCGAUGGUGUAUACCAGCUAUCUUUCGAGAAACACAUUCUUGAGCAAGCUUUCCUGCGUGUCGAGGACAUACCCAUUGGCGAGAUUGUGAAUGGAACCAUUGAAAAGCUAGUGAUUGGACAGGAUGGUGUCAGCGGGUUGCUGGUCAAACUCGCCGAAGGUAUCACCGGUUUUGUUCCCGAAAUUCACUUGGCUGACGUGAAGCUUCAACAUCCGGAGAAAAAAUUCCGGGAAGGCAUGAAGGUUAAAGCGCGUGUUAUUUCCACUGAUCGUGUCAAACGCCAGAUUCGCCUCACACUGAAGAAAACUCUACUCAACUCCGAGGCUGCCCCACUCCAGUCGUUCGAUCAGCUGGUUGUCGGCAUGCAGGUGCCCGCGACUAUUAUCAGCAUCGUUGCGAAUGGCGCUAUUGUGCAGUUCUAUGGCUCGCUCAGGGGCUUCUUACCAGUGUCUGAGAUGAGUGAAGCUUACAUCCACGAUCCCAAGGAGUUUUUCCGCAUCGGUCAAGUCGUCCAAGUUCAUGUCCUCAAUUUUGAUGCCGAGGCACAGAAGCUAUACGUUUCUUGCAAAGACCCUUCGGCCUUUGGUCUCGAAAAGCAGAAAGCUCUACAAGCUUUGAAAAUCGGAGAUGUUGUUUCCGCCAAGAUUGUGCAGAAAACCGAGGAUCACGUCUUUGUUGAACUUGUAGAAGGCUCUUUGAAGGCCAUGCUUUCGGUCAAUCACCUUACGGAUGGGUCGAGCAAGAAAAGCCAAUCCACGAUCAAGAAGUUCCAUGUCGGCCAAACUCUCAAUGACCUCGUCGUCAUCGACAAGAACGAGGGUCGCCGAUCGAUCACCCUAAGUAAAAAGCCUAGCCUGGUGAAGGGUAGCCAGGAGGGUAAACUUUUAACAACAUUCGCGGACGCCAAAGUCGAUGGCAUUUACCCGGGGUUUGUCAGGAACAUCACUCUGACAGCAGUCUUCGUUCAGUUCGCCGGCCAACUGCAUGCACUGCUGCCCAAGAGUAGAUUACCUCUAGAGGCGCAGAAACAAACAGACUUUGGUCUUGAAAAGGGACAAUCCACGACCGUCAAAGUGAUAUCUGUCGAUACAGAGCACAGCAGGAUGGUCGUAUCCUCACCUGAUGUAGAAAAGGUAGAAAGGACUGAAAAGCAGAAGAAUUCUACUCAAACUGGAGUCAGAGCGGAAAACCCGGUAGACGAAACGAUCGGCUCUAUUGACAACAUCUCCGUCGGCAGGAUCACCAAGGCGCGCAUCGCGUCUGUCAAGAAUUCUCAGCUCAACGUCAGACUAGCAGACAAUAUACAAGGUCGUGUCGAUGUGUCACAGGUAUUUGACUCCUGGGACGAAAUUGAAGAUGCCAAACAUCCCCUCAAGAACUUCAAGCAGGGAGACGUCAUCCCUGUCAGGGUUCUUGGAGUACACGACGCCAAAAAUCAUCGGUUCUUGCCCAUCUCGCACAGGUCGACGCACUCCGUUCUUGAGCUCUCCACCAGGUCAAGCGAUGUGAAGCACACCGCUCCAGAGAACUUGUCGUACGACAAGUUGGAAAUCGGUUCUUCUCACCUCGCUUAUGUCAAUAAUGUCCAGGACAGGUCACUCUGGGUAAACAUUACUCCCAAUGUCAGAGGCAGAAUCAACGCAUUUGAUGUUUCCGAUGACGUUUCUCUUGUCGAGAACUUGGCGGCAAACUUCCCUGUUGGCUCUGCUCUUCGCGUACGUGUUGUCUCUGUAGACCCUGCACAAGGGCGCCUUGAUCUGUCGGCACGAUCUUCUUCAGCUAGCGAAGAGCUCACAUGGGACAACGUCAAGCAGAACAUGGUUCUGCCCGGACGCAUCACCAAAAUAAAUGAGCGCCAAAUCAUGGUUCAGUUGAGCAAUGUGGUUUCCGGACCCAUUCACCUGACAGAUAUCAGUGAUGAUUAUAACGAAGCAAACACGAUGAAUUUCGCCAAGAAUAGUGUAAUUCGUGUUUCGGUUGUCGAUGUUGACAAGAGUAACAAGAAAGUUCGUCUCUCGGCCCGCCACUCCAGAACAUUGAACUCCUCGGCAAAGGUCCAGGAUCAGGAGAUCUCUAAGAUUGCGCAGCUCAAUGUUGGCGAUGUUAUCCGUGGCUUUGUUAAACAUGUGUCUGACAAGGGUGUCUUCGUGGCUCUUGGCGGUGAUAUCACAGCAAUGGUCAAGAUCUCCGAUCUGUCAGACAGAUUCCUGAAGGAGUGGAAGGAUUCUUUCCAGAUCGAUCAGCUUGUCAAGGGUCGCAUCGUUUCAAUUGACAAUGCCUUGGGUCACAUCCAGAUGAGUUUGAAGUCAUCUGUUGUGGACAAGGACUUCGUUCCGCUACUCAACUACCAGGACCUCCAGGUCGGUCAGAUUAUUACCGGAAAGGUCCGCAAGGUUGAAGAAUUUGGUGCUUUCAUCCUUGUAGAUGGAACUGCCAAUGUCAGUGGUCUAUGCCACCGAAGUGAGUUGGCUGAAAAGCCCGUGGAUGAUGCCCGAAAGCUCUUAAACGAAGGAGACGCUGUCAAGGCUAUUAUUCUCAAGUUGGAUGCUCAGAAGAAGAGAAUCAACUUUGGACUGAAACCUUCCUAUUUUGUGGACGACGACACAGACAUGAGCGAUGACGAGGAUGCUGGCGCAGCAUUGCAUUCCGGUGAUGAUGACGAGGAGGAGGAGGAAGAAGAAGACGAGGAUGAAGACAUGGACGAUAGUGAAAGUGGUGUCCUCAUCACUGGCACGGAUAAUGUGUCCGAUGAAGACUCCGACGAGGAUGUAGAGAUGACAGACAAGCCUGGCGACGAGGUCGAAGGUCUCGAUGCUGGAGGAUUUGACUGGGAUGCAGAUGCAUUGGAUAAGAAGCGUCGACCGGACGCUGUUGGGGGAGAGGCCGGUAGCGCCCAGGACAAAAAAAAGAAACGGAAGAAGGCCCAGGUCGAGGCUGAUCGUAGUGGUGAUCUCGAUGCUUUUGGUCCACGCACCGCUGCCGACUACGAACAGCUUCUCAACCGAAAGCCGAACUCUUCGGAGCUCUGGAUCCAGUACAUGGCUUACCAAAUGCAAUCCAGCGAGCUGGCCGGUGCCCGAAAGGUGGCAGAGCGUGCUGUGUCUACUAUCAACAGCUCAGAGGAAACAGAAAAGCUCAAUGCCUGGGUUGCUUAUCUCAACCUCGAGGUCCACUAUGGCACUGACGAUACUGUGGACGAUGUCUUCAAGCGCGCCUUACAGGUCAACGACAAGCAGGAGGUGUACCAACGACUUGCUAGCAUCUACAUUCAUGAGGAUAAGCCUCAGGUAAGUUUCAGUCCCCGUCUAAUUGUCCUGUAGACUUAGCCAGGCGCAAACCGGAGACUAACAAAUCAAAUAGAAGGCAGAUGAGCUCUUCCAA